AAAUUAUCCCAACAGAUUGAGAAGUUUGAGAAUACUUUGUUACAAAGCCAUUCAGUGCAUUUUCGUAACACACGAGCUAUCCUUGGCUACCAUGAUGUGGGAGGGGCUGAAAUGGCCUAUCCAAGUAUAGGCCCCUGCUAUGAAAUUGCUACCAACCUGUUUGUUGCAUAUCAUCUGGUUGAUUGUGUUGCUAGACACCCGUCAAUUGUGGGAUUGUCAGUCCCACCAGUGCCGUUAAAUAUCUUGCGGCCAACUACAUGGACAGCAGAGACUCUGCAACAUUUCAAGGGCUGGGAUGUUGUUCGGGAGUGGCCUAAUACACUUCAACAAGCUCGCAAAAUCAUUACCUCCUCACCGCAUCUUGACAAACCUUCAAGCCUAUCCCCUCAAAGCAUACAGCCCUCAAUCAUUCUCAAGCUUUUGCUUUCACUUUCUUCCACCCAUCAUGCAAAGAAGUAUUACACAAUUUGUGGCAAUUUUGAAGCGGCUGCAUUGCACUUGUCAGUGCUUCGGGACGCUAAUUGGACAUUUUCCUCAAAUACUGGCAUUGAAGGCAUGGAUGAGCAGUUCUUAACAAAGGAUCUAGGAGAAUCUAUAGAUGACCAACGGCUUGCAAAGUUCAUCAAAAAUAAUGCCACAAACAUGCGGGUACCACUACAAUUAGCCCUCAUGAUGUCCCCCAUUAUACUGCUCAGUACAAGCACACUUUACAAAAAACGCCCAAGUCAGAUAGAUUUAUGGCGUCUUUGUACGUCAAUUGGGAAUGACAAACCAGACCUGCUAAAGAACGUGGAGUUGGCCAUUUGGAAAGCGUUGUGGAACAUUUCAGGGCAUGGAGACACAGAGAAGGAAUUGCACCAGUUGGUUCUGUCUCCGGAGUGGAAACAAUGGGAGAACGCUACAGAUAUAAAUGACGGGGUCUUUUAUUUUAACCCUACCUCAAUGUCUCCUUUUCAAACAGCCUUUAUUACAGAGUUGCCGGACUCGCCAAUGAAUGAAGACCUAACAUCUCCAUUCAAGUCACUGGUACAGUCUUCUCAAUCAAGAUUGCUGAUAAUGGCGCCACCUAGACAGGGAGAAACUACAACAACUGAAAAUGCGAAUGGUAUUGAAAACAUGGAUGUGGACCCGGCCGGUGGAAGGAGUAAUGACACACAAGAUGAUAUUGCAGGUGGAGAGAAUGAGAUGUACAAGACUAUUGGAAAGAAGAAUAAUAUGGACAAAGUCACAUCCAGGUCAAAGAAAGACAAAGAGUGCAUGGGGAAAGAUGUUGAUAUGACAGUGGAUACAACAGACGGAUGUGCAAACAACUCAGUUCAACUUGCAGGAAUAUCUCCUUACAACAAGGCAAAGAUGCCUUCCCAACUGGGCCUACAGUCUGUUCCAAAGCGCAAAGGUCACACACAGAGCAAACCUAGUGCAUCAACAGUGAACAAUUCUGAAUCUGACAAUGACGAUAUCAUCUACAUGGGUAUGGAAAGACGUGUUUUUUUUACGCCAAGAGAAAUUACGCUGGAUCUGGAGCAGCAAGUUAAAAUUCAUUGGUCAACAAAGAAGCCUGUAGUGUUUUCAGCAACUGGCAAAGGCUAUAGUAUUGACCUUAUUGCCCACAAUGAAGAAACCCUGGCAACGCUAGACCAGAUAGCCGACAUGAUCAAAGGAAAGCCAAAAUUUUUGACAGACCCAAAAAACUCCAUGAUCCGUAUAUUGGAUCGAGAAGUUUACAAUAGUUUGGGGGCCAAUGAUUUGCUGUUUAUUCUUCGAGACCAACAUAUUGUAGUGAAAGAAACAGAUGUGACAUGCCCUUUAAGGAAUGGGGAACCCAAAGAAUUUCGUGCUGCACUACGAGGUUUGGGAUCCCUGACGGCACCCCGAGCAGUACAUGAUCUGUCAAUAGUCCCUGAGAACGGAGAUCUAAACCUCCGCAUACGCACUGGAACAUUGGACCAGCUUUACCAGGCAUCGUUCAAGGGUAUCAACAAGAUAUUGAAUGUUUUAGACAUACCCAUGGAGAUGAAGGGGAUGAGGGACUUGGAAGUCAGUACAGAUUACAUUGCGCUAUUCAAUACAAUGGGUGACUGGAAGUCAUCAAGGGCUUUUGUGGUGGGACACAGUCGCUGGGCUUUAGCUGCAACAAAAGGUGCUUUUCAUGGAUGGCACAUGGCCAGUAAUGGAUUGGGAACGUAUAUUGAAACCAAAUGUGGAGCCAAGCUGUGGUUACUGGCGCGUCCUAAGGAUCCAAAAUAUCGCUCUAUGCAUGACACAUCCUUUUUCUUAUCUGAUUCCUAUCAAUUUGAUAGUGCAUGUAGCUCUGUACUGGACGUGGAGGCCAUUGUACUUGUACCAGGAACGGAGCUCAUAAUGAGACCAAAUACCUUGCAUAUGGUGUAUACACCAUUUGACACAGUUUGCCAUGGCGGGCAUUUUUAUUCUGCUGGAAACAUGAUUGAUACCCUGUCUGCAAUAAUUCAUGCCUUUGUGGCAGGAAAGACAUUGACAAAUGCAAAUCAUGUGCACACCCGAUUACAUCUGCAACAGAUGAUUUCCAUGUACCAUAAAAUGUAUGUGGAUAAUGCUUUUAUUCGUACCGACCUUUGCAUGGAUCAUUUCCCAGAUUUUGACGACUGGUUUGGGAUCAUGAAUGUUUUUGUGCUAUGCAUUUAUGCUUUCUUGAUGAAUGUGUUGGACCAUAACACAUAUUUUCCCACUUUUCAAGCUGCUGCAAAGCAAAUACCCAUGACGCCCACGCAGAGGACAUUUUGGCAGAAAGAUGACAUAUAUGCAAUGUCGUACGAGGAGCGCAAGGCUUGCAUGCAUGCCCGUGGUCAAGCCUUAGAGAUUAUAGCUUGGUUUCAGGACCACUUUGACGUAGGCCACAGGGAUACCAUUGAAAAAAUGGAAACCUUCUUCAGAAAGUUGCUUGGACACUAUUGCCUUGAAAUUCUAUCCUACAAAACAGCAGCAGCAGUCCUUGAGCACGAGGGUGCGCCGGGGUGCACUGUUGAUGAUGUCCGCGUUCAACUUAUGGGCGUAGGCUCAGGCCCAAUGAACAGUUAUAUACAAGGCAUGCUACAAGGCAAACAAGAGGCAUGUGGGAAUCUGGCACCCUUUCUUGAAUUGGAUAUGCAUUUGGUUGCAAAGCCACAAGAGAGAAGUAGGGGAGAUGCUCAUGAUAAGCUGUGGAGCCUAGGGAAAAGCGAAAGGGAUAAGAUAUACCUAGCAGUCAUGAAAAAAAUGAAGCAGAAACCUGAUGAUAUAGGUCCUGUACACAAAAAGUAUAAAACAACUGCUAUGUAA